AGCAGAAGUGGGUCUCAGAUCACGUUAAGGUUUUUCCGAGCAGUGCAUUAUGUAAUAGCCGGUGGCUGUUACCAGGUAAUUACGGGCGAACUUGCAGGUAGCUUCCAUGCAACCUCGAUUGCGAGAAAUCUUUCUUUGCCGCGAGAAACCGCUCCUGCAACACGAACACACACUGGCUGCCGAAUUCUUGAUAUAUCCGAGCAAUUGCAAAAAUGUUUUCCAUGAGAGUUGCGCAAAACGCGCAGGUAUGAGUCUCGCAGCAUUUAUUCCCCGCAGCACCGCUCUAACCUACCCUAUGCUCGACAGUCUGUACUCCGCAACGCUGCAAAGUCUCCGUGUUUCUCUCAAUCCAAGAUUUCCACAAGAUGUCUGUACACUUCAAUUCCGCAAAUUAACCAUGAACCAGGGUUAACUUCCACUUAGGCAUCACCACCGUGCAAUCUGACAUCUUCAAGCCCACCAAAUAUGGCGGCAAGUAUACGGUGACGCUGAUCCCGGGUAUGAGUGCCUUAUCCCCGUUCGAUGCUGGGUCGAAUUCGACAUGGUUGCUGACUUUGGGGGACUAGGUGAUGGAAUUGGAGCCGAGGUCGCAGAAUCCGUGAAAACCAUCUUCAAAGCAGACAAUGUACCCAUCGAAUGGGAACAGGUCGACGUGAGCGGUGUGGACGCGGGAACUAAACAUUCAGAGGAGCUAUUUAAGGAAUCCAUUGCGUCUCUAAGGCGAAACAAGAUAGGGCUCAAGGGCAUUUUGCACACACCAGUCGAAAGAUCAGGACAUCAGUCUUUCAAUGUAGCCCUUCGGCAGGAACUCGACAUCUACGCCUCGAUUGUUUUGAUUAAGAAUAUUCCUGGUUACAAGACCCGGCAUGAUAACGUUGAUUUGUGCAUCAUCCGUGAGAAUACUGAGGGCGAAUAUUCGGGUUUGGAGCAUCAGUCCGUCAGCGGCGUCGUUGAGUCGCUCAAAAUUAUUACCCGAGCAAAGUCCGAGCGUAUUGCGAAAUUUGCUUUCAGCUUUGCGCUCGCGAACAACCGCAAGAAAGUCACAUGCAUACACAAAGCGAAUAUUAUGAAACUCGCCGAUGGACUUUUCCGAAGCACCUUCAAAAAGGUCGCCGAGAGCUACCCGACCCUAGAAAUCAACGAUAUGAUUGUCGACAAUGCAUCCAUGCAGGCUGUUUCUCGCCCACAACAAUUCGACGUAAUGGUCAUGCCUAAUCUUUAUGGAGGUAUUCUUUCAAACAUCGGUGCUGCACUUGUGGGUGGCCCGGGUAUCGUGCCGGGAUGCAACAUGGGUCGUGACGUUGCUGUCUUUGAGCCCGGUUGCCGGCACGUUGGCCUUGACAUCAAGGGCAAAGAUCAAGCAAAUCCAACGGCCUUGAUCUUGUCAGGCUCCAUGCUUCUCCGUCACCUUGGUCUUGAUGAACAUGCAAAUCGUAUUUCCAAGGCAGUCUACGAUGUCAUUGGCGAAGGUGUUGUUCGGACUCGGGACAUGGGUGGUCAGGCUGCUACCCACGAAUUCACUAGAGCUGUUUUGGACAAGAUGGAAGCGGCCCUCUAAGCAUCGGAGUCGAACCACUGUAUGGACUAAGGGCAACCGCGCGAAUCGGAUCCGCUCCGCGCACUUUCGGCCUAUUUACAACUGUUCGAAAUUCGCGGCAAGAUGUAUUCGCGAAAUCUACGCCCCAAAGGCAAACUAACGGCCCCAAACGAACUCUCCUAUCCUCAAUCCACCAUGAAAGGUAAAUUAUAUAUUUACAUGAACUGCUGAUAGCUUGAUAUUGACUCGAUUUUCUUUGUUGUCCUAGCAUAUGUUUGUAGAUAUUUUAAAGACAUGUUUCCAAGCUCACUGCAUUUUGUUUUGAGGGUUCCUCGUGAAACAUAAAAUACUUGUAAAUUAGGUGUCGCACAGCCCUCGAAAUCCAUAUUCUUCAAUUUUA